CUUACAACUGGCAAUUGUAUCAUUGACUGCUUGCCAUUUAUACUAUGGACGUGACUGCCAGUAUUAUUUAGUCAUAUUGGAAAGCCAGUUUUGUUGUUACAUUAUUAUGAUGUCGUGUCCCCAUACAGAACAUGGUUCUGUAGAGUUUCCUAAAGUCCCCUCAAGUCCACAAGGCUUUCCUGCAGGAUCCCCCUAGGUCAUUAUUAUGGUUUCUACUGUACAUUCGAUUCUGUAUGUUUAUUAUAGGUAUUGUACAGUGAAUAUAAGCUAUGUGCAAAGGUUAUUAGGAUAUUUAAACUGUAUAGAUCCUUCCUAAAGUCAUGUGAUAAUGUGAUUACCUGAUACCCAGAGUUCCAGAAGCACAGUAAAGCAAGCACAAGUCCUGUACAAGUUCAGUCCAAUACAGCAAGGCCAAUGCCUACAAGGCUGCAGCCACAUCUAAUCUGUAAGUCUCAUCUAUGUUUGCAAGUCAAGUCUCUACUGUCCCUUCCAAAGUCAUAACAGUAGCACAGUGGCCUGCAUCAUCAUUAUUACCACUACAAGUCCAAGCAAGCCUGAGAGAUGCAAUUAUAAUCUCAAAUUGCCCAAAGAUAUGGAGGAAACCAUUGAAGACAAUUUAGACAGUUAUGAAAUCCAGUUGGGUAUUCAAGAAUCCUUACAAUCUAUAGCACUUUCUACUCGUCAAGAUGGAUUUGUACCGCCAAGUGAUAUAAACAAAAAAAUUGUGGCUGCUAUAAAACAAGGAGAAAUCACUGAACUGCAGACAUAUAUGCAGUAUAAAUAUGCACUUGAUGAAGCGGAUGAGAAAGGCUGGUUUCCUCUACAUGAAGCAGUUGUCCAACCAGUCCGUCAAAUAACAGAAAUCAUUGUUGAUGCUCUACAUAAAACACAAUGUGAACAGAAGACAAAUGAUGGGGAAACCCCACUGACCCUUGCUGCAAAGUCUCGGUCAGUUGAAAAUGUGAAAGUACUUCUAGAGAAGGGAGUCUGGCCAAACACCAAGAAUAGCAGAGGAGAAUCUCCUCUUCUUAUUGCCAUUAGGAUGGAAAGUUCUGAAAUGGUUUCUCUUUUGAUCAGUUAUAAUUGUACCAUUAACCAGCCCUGUGUAAAAAGAUGGUCAGCAAUGCAUGAAGCUGCCAAACAUGGACUCAGAGAUAUUAUCUCUAUACUCUUGAAAAAUGGUGGAAAUAUCAACCUUAGAGAUGGUUUUGGUGUGACCCCCUUGGGAGUUGCAGCUGAAUUUGGUCACUGUGAUGUAUUGGAACAACUUAUCCAUAAUGGUGGAGAUAUCAACAUAGAAGCAGAUGAUGGUUCCACUGUACUCUCCGAUGCAGCUGCCGGAGGAAAUCCAGAUUGCAUUGCACUCCUUUUGGAAUAUGGUGCUAGUGGAAAUAUACCAGAUAAAGAAGGUUAUCUUCCCAUUCACAAAGCAGCCUAUGGAGGACAUUAUCUUGCACUAAAGUAUUUUAUUCCAGUGACAUCACGUCAUGCAAUUCAAAAAAGCGGAUUAAGUCCUAUCCAUUCUGCCGUGGAUGGACAAAGUGUGCAGUGCCUAGAAUUACUCAUCGAGAAUGGCUUUGAUGUCAACGACCUCUUAGCUGAACAUUUAUCGGAAAAUUAUGGUGAUAAACGAAUGACUGCAUUGUUUUUUGCAGUAUCUAAUAAAGAUGUUUUAUGCACAGAGAUUCUAUUAAAAGCUGGUGCUAAUCCAAAUUUAGACCCCCUGAACUGUCUCUUAGUGGCUGUACGAUCUGGAAGCCAUGAAAUUGUUAGACUCCUCCUAAUGCAUAAUGCCAAUGUCAACUGCUACUUCAUGCUUGUGAAUGAUACUCAUUUUCCAAGUGCAGUACAGUAUGCACUCAAUGAUGAAUAUAUGCUACGGAUGUUGUUAAAUAAUGGAUACCAGGUUGAGAAGUGCUUUGACUGCCUGCAUGGAGACAUGUAUGGUGGAUCGUUUGUAUGGACAACUUCUGAAGAAGUGCUUCCUGGUUGGACAUCAUGUGUCAUAAAGGACAGCUUUUUUUGUGAUUUCAUCACGGUGUCGUGGAUGAGGCAUUUGGUUGGAAAAGUUAUUAGAGUGUUAGUAGAUUAUAUGGAUUAUGUUCCAAUUUGUGCAAAACUGAAAUCAAUUCUUGAAGUGCAAAAUGAAUGGACAGAGAUUCUGGAGAUUAUAGGAAAUCCCCGUCCACUGAAGCAUUUGUGCCGGCUUAAACUACGUAAACUUUUUGGUUUGGAGAGAUUACAAAACCUAUCGUCUAUGAAGAAAGAUCCUCUGCCUCCUCUUCUGAAGUCCUAUUUAAUGUACAAAGAAUAUGAUUUAUACGGAAAGGGCUUACAUUUUGAAACAUAAUGGACAUUCAUGUUGAGAAAUUAUAUCACAAAUUAUUGCUUGAUAGCUCCUUGAAAAUUUUACUGAAUUUUAUAUUACACUUUAUGCCUUUUUUGGAGGUCUCUUAAAGCAUUUUAUAUCUUGCAUUUGUUCCAUGGGCAAAAGUAUUUGGGGUGGGGGUGUUUCUUAGUAGAUUUAUUUAAUCCUUUUAUGUGCUGGACAUAAAAGUGUACUCAAAAGCUGACUACAUUUUUUCUAGUGAACCCUGAACCAUAUGGAUGCCUCUAAUAGUAUUUCAUUGUACAGUGUCUUGCAUAAGUAUUCACCCCCCACAGAUAAAAAUUGUAUUGCAAUUUUAUAUGAUGGACCAAAGCAAAAUAGUUCAUCAUUUGGAAGUGUGUGUGUGGGGGGGGACGGACAUUUUUCUAUAUAUUUCAGUAUAUAAAGUGCUGAGUGCUUAUGUAUUCACCCCAUUUUCUGUGAAAUCCCCCAAAAGAUCUGGAGUGAUUAAUUGUCUUCACAAGUCACAGUUACAAAUCACAUAAUUAGUAAAUCAGGUCCACCUGUCUGCAAUUUAAUCUUGGUAUGAAUACACCUGUUCUGUGAAGGCCUCAGAGUUUGUUAGAGAGUAUUACUGAACAAACAGCAGCAUAAAGACCAAAUAGCUCACAAAACAGGACAGGGAUUAAAAUUGUGAAGUAUAAAGUAGGGAUAGGUUAUAAAAAAAAUAUCUCAAGCUCUGAACAUCCAAAUUCAUCAUCAGAAAAUGGAAAGAAUAUGCAAACCUACCAAGA